GAAAUGACAGUGCGUGGUAUGGAAUCCGAAUUGGCCCAAUUAAUGGCCAAGCAUCAGGCUGAGAUGCGCCACCUACGCCAAUCUUGCGCAGAACAGGUUCAGGCGGCAGAUGUUCGAGCCUAUCAGGCCUACACGGGACAGAUAGAGGAAAUUCGUCAAACUUUGGCGCGGGAGAAAGAGGAGGCUUGUGCGAGAGAACGGGAAGCUGCUACGCAGAGAAACCCGGAACAGGUGGGUCGAUCCUUGGGUAUACUUUUCGAUACUCGUGCUAGUCUCGAAUCGAGCAUCGUUGCUUCAGGUGUGUCCGACUCAGAUGUGCUCCUAAUCCAUGCGAUUGGUUUGCACUCAAGGAAGUUGCACCUCGGGCAGACAAAUGCCCGUUGCUUGUUGACUAUUUUGCCUCUGAGUUUUGUGAUUCGGUAA